CUUCGUACUUCGUAGCUUUGGUUCGUAGAUUUAAAAAUUGUAGGUUAUUUUUCGUAGUCUUACUUUAAAUUUAUUAUAAAAAAGUAAUUAUGCAUAAAACGGGCGCUACUCGUUACCAAAAAUUUCUGAAAGCUGAAAAGGCUAAAACAAAGUUAAAGGGGAAGAAAGAUAAAGAGUUACCUAAAGGCACUAACGUAACUAAGACAAAUUUUAAAGUAAAGAAAAUAGUUUUAAAAGAACAACUUAAAAAGCACGGCGACAACGAGGCUUUAUCAAUUCGCAAACUUAAUUUAAAAGAGCUUUUGUCUCGCCUUAACCAUUUUAAUACAAAUUCGCGAACAGAUGCUCUCGAUGGAAUAAAGGAGCUGAUAACAAUACAUCCAGAAGCCUUGGAACAAAAUUUAGGAGAAUUAAUACAUGGAAUUACAAUGUUGAUUUUGAAUAUAGAAAAAGUGGUGAGACAGAGAGCAUUGAAAGUGUUGCACGUAGUGCUUUCCAAUGUCGCUUCAGAGAAAAUAGAACCAUUCUUUGAUAUCAUGUCGACUUACUUGAGAAGUGCUAUGACUCACAUUGACAGUAGAAUUCAGGAAGAUUCACUUUUCUUUCUUGAUAUCCUUUUGACAUGUGUUCCUUCAAGAGUUGCUGAAGAUUUUCAUAAAAUAAUACCAAAUUUUUUAGACAUGAUUUCCAAGUUAAGAAUUGAUGCACAAUCUGGUAGAACAUUGACUGUCAAUUUAAAUAGUCAACUUACUAGUGUUAAGUGGAGACUUCAAGUUUUUCAACGAUUACAAGAGUUCUUACAUAAGUUUUCUUUGUAUAAGCAAAUUCAUCAAACAGAAAAAACAGAUAGCAGUAAUACACACAUUUUCAAUGCCGCUCAGCUAAAUUAUUAUUCUUUAUUUAAUCCACUUUACAUAUCCAACUGCCAAAUGUCAUGUUUUUCAUCAAAAUCGUCAGAUGUACAAGUAGAUGAAAUAGAAAAAUUUAAAGAAUAUACUGAAACUUUAAUGCCAUUGCUUUUUGCAACAUGGCUUGAGGUAUGUCCAAAUAAGAAAUCUGAUGCUAACUUUGAUACUGUUUUAAAUGAAGAAACAGCAUGUUUGUUAAAAAAUAUUUUACAAAUAAUUUCUUUACUGCAAUCUUUUGUAAAAUAUUUUAAACUAAAAUGUCCAAGUUCAAAUAUUGACAACAUUUUUAAUCAAAAGUAUAAGUAUCUAUUUAGUCAUAAUUUUCUCAAUUCUUUUCCCUUCGUCACAAAUAUGAGAACAAAACAAAAGGUUAAAAUUAAUAGUGCUGAUGAUGAAGAAAUAAAAGAUCCGAAAUUAGUAGCAGAAAAUUUAGAAAUAUGUCACCUUUUUGUAUUGUUUAACCCCAGCAUAAAUUUAAAGAAUCAAAGUCGUGAAAUAAGUUCUGUACUAAGUUACAUUGAAAUGACAUUCAAUCAAAAUGUUGACAGUAAAAUUAACAAUAUCAUUAUAAAUAUAUUGCAUACUAUAUUUUCUAAAGAAAUCACUGGUUGGACUAAGACAAUAUCAGUUUUGGAUAAUUUAUUCAGAAAAAUAAUUUGGAUAUAUUUCAAUAUGACUAUAUCUGAAUCAUUCAAACAAGACAUUUUUACAUUACUAUGUAAAAUUGCAUUAAAUGAAAAAUUACUACAUUUUCACAACUGUGAUGCUUUUGAAAUGUGGUUAAAAAAUUUACCCCUCAUAUUACUUGGACAGCAGUUAAAUGUUCAAACUGUAGAUAUAAUUCACCAGUUUGCAGUGACUAAUAAUAAAGUAUUUAAUUCUGUUAUAAAACCUAAGUUAUUAGACAUUGUAACUAACCUUCCAAAAAUUGUAAUAAUUGAUGCAGAUAGUAAUAGUACAAAUAGUUAUCAAAAACUGUUAUCAAUUUUUUAUUGGAUAAAAGUGUGGGACAUUGAGUCACUAAAUUUAUUAGAAAGCCAAUUAAUGGAUAAUUUUUAUGAACCAGACCAUGGAAAAUAUAUUUUUGAUACUUUAAGGUUAAGGAGUGGAGGUAUUUUGUAAAUAAAUUGAAUGAAACACUU